AUGGCUCAAGCAGCACGUAAUGGAAAGAACUCGAAGCCAUUCAGUGAUGAAGCCUGGAAAUUUGAGUGCAAACGAAGAAAAGAUGUUGCGUCAACUGGUACGCAACCGUUUUGUAACUUAGACAUUGUCACAAGACCCCCCGUGUUAAUUCCACGCUGGGAAACUGAAGAAUGGACUAUGCGUGUGAUAUCUCUCCUCUAUUCUCGUCUCCACUACCUAGAAAAGCCAAUUCAUAUUCUUGAUGUUUGUACUGGUAGUGGAUGUAUCGCCUUGUCACUCGCUCAUAAUAUGCCAGCAAAUACUUGUUUUGUCCGGGGCAUUGACAUAUCCUCGCAAGCUCUUAUCCUAGCUAAUUUAAAUCUCCAGGUUUUUCGGUCUAAUAAUCUCAUAAAGAACGAUGUCAUCUUUUCUAAAGUUGAUAUAAUGAAUGACGACGAAAUUGCAAGUUUUGUUCAAAACAAUCAACCAGCAUUUGACUUGAUCCUAUCAAACCCACCAUAUAUACCUCGAGAACAAUACGAUAAGUUGGGUGAUGAAGUAAAACUAUGGGAAGAUGAGAUAGCAUUAAUAGCUGAUGACAAUGGAACUGCUUUUCAUUCUCGAAUUGUCAAUCUUGCGGCAAAUGGUUUACUGAAAAGACUGAAGGAGCACAAUGUGGUACCGCGGUUGGUGAUGGAAUUUGGGGCAGACCAGGGAGCGACUAUAAUAAGGGAGAUGGAGAGAAGCAAAUUCACUUCGAUAGAAGUGUGGAAAGAUGGAGUUGGGAGAGAUCGUUGCGUGGUCGGCAGUAUCAGUCAAUAA